AUGUCACGAAGGAGCUACGACUCCACCACUCAUGGCCACGAACGACGAGUCUCGAAGCACCGCGUGACGGACGAUGAUCUCUUCAACUAUGCAUCCCGUGUAGCUCUUCUCGCCUACCUCAUCCAACCCAAACCCGUCGACGCAUCUAUACCGAACGCGGCCAAUGGCGUACCAGGCAGCAGCGGAAAGGAAGGCAAGGAACACUCCUCGCGGCUCUCCGGCGCCAUCUCGAGCUCGAUGAAUCUACUCUCGCUUGGCGACCUGUUCAAGGACAGUAAGGACGGGUCGAAGAACGUGAAGUUCCCGGAGAAGUUGUUGAAGGUGCUCGAGCAGAGGCUGGAGAAUAUCGCGAUGGGGAAAGACGCAGUCUACUCCGACCAACUACUCCGGCGAACGAUGGCCGUCUUCUACGGCCAGUUCAAAGUCGACUCGUUCAAACGCCAAAUGAAAGAAAACCGCAAGAUCGAAGAGCUCAUCCUCAUGUUCGCCACCCACGCAACCGGCGUCCUCAAGAAAGAUCAAUCCCUCUCCGGAGACGGCUGGAAGAUCGAGCUGAACAACCACAUCGCCCAGUUCGUCAAGCUCCUCCGCGAGUCCCUCCGCAGUCUGAGCCACGUCUCGCCCGAACUCGUCUCGCGACUCGACAUGUACGCUGCGAAGCUUUCUGCGCCGGUGGGUGGUGGGCAGGACGCGGGGCCGGGGAGCGAAUCGGGCUAUGAUAGCUCGUCGACGAAGGGGGACGGGGAUUAUGUGAAUGUGGGGAAGACGGGGCUGAGUCAGACUAUUCAUGAUAUGCCGUUGGUGAUGAUUGUGGCGAAUCUGUUUCAGGUGAGACAUGAUCUGCUGCAAAAAGAGAUCGACAAGAUGAAGGCGUAUUGCACGGAACGGGCCGCACUUCUGGAUCUCAAGACAUGCCUGAAGAACAUCACCGCAGGCGCACCCUUCCCCGGCCGCAAAGAAGACUUCGACAGCGAAGCCGCCUGGCAAUACUGGAAAACCCUCGAAACCGCGCACCUCUCCCAACUCAUGGUCAUCCUCGUCCAAUUCAACCCCGAACUCGCGAAAUCCACCCCGUCCGACAACCUCCCCACGACGCGUCCGGGUGCACGUCCAGGCUCGAUGUACGACCGCGCGCAACGCAACGGAUCCGUCAGCAGCCGGAAAUCCAUCCUCUCCCUCGCGAAAGACAUGUCCGACCUCGAUCUCGCCGGGAUCGGGGAAGACGACGUGGAUGUGGACGGCGACGACGAGGUGCAAGUCGGUCAUAAUUUCACGUAUAUCCCGCCGAAUCCGAAGAAGUAUUAUAGGCGGCUGCUCGAGUAUUGUCUUGAGGCGGACCUGAGGGCGAUGAGGGAUCCGAACGUGAACGACGACGACCAGGUGUCGUUGGGGAUCCUUUCGCCGGGACAUAUCGAGCUGAUCAAUGAGUGCGCGCUUAGGUGGAGGAUCCCGCAGCCGUAUCGGGUGGCGUGCUUUUUGGAGUUGAUUAAGGAGCUUUAUGAGAGGAAUGAGGUGCCGUUGGAUUGUAUACCGGAGGCGUUGAGUAACGUGCAGAAGGUGAUGCAUGAGAUCGAGUUUGAUAAGUGGCCUAUUGCGGACUCGGAAUAUCUAGUUGGUGUCUACGGAGGCCUCUACAACAUCUUCCUCGCCGCGCUCUACCACUCCAUGGACUCCAUCCCGAACCUCAAGAAAUCUGACGUCGAAGAACCACUCAUGAUCCUCGACCUAGUUCGCGAGACCGGCCUGCUCGAACGGUUCGACGUGGACAUCCAGGCGCGGCUGGAAGAUAUCAGGGAGCGCGUGAGGGCCGUCACGGCGGAGUGGUACGAGAAGAAGAUGGCGGGAUUGCAGGAGACGCCAGGUGUGAAUAGGGCGUUGCCGUUGUUGCUCUUGACGGACGAUUUGGAGAAAAGUGCGCAGACGCUGGAUAAGAGGUUCCCUGAACCGUUACUUGGUGCGGUGGAUCUGGUUUCGUUGGUCGUUGAGGUGGAGGUGCCGAUGUUCGUACACGACCUCGAAGCAUCUCGAAAACGACUGUUCGAGUCUUCGAUGAACGGGCCGACACCCGACGUGCCUAUCCAAGAUAUCUUCGCGCUGUAUCGGCGAACGAAGACGUUACUCGGGAUGUAUGACGCGUUUUGUCCAAAUCAACAAGUCAACUUUGAUUUGCUUGAAUUCUUCGAGCCAUACGUGAGGCAGUGGCUGGUCAAUACAGAUGCGAAGACGGCACAGUGGGUCGAGGCGUUCGAGUCGGAGGCGUCGGAAGGCCAUAGCUCGUCCAUCGUUGAUCUAUUCGAUUCAUUACGGAGUCCGAUCAAUUUCCUUCAAGAUUUGGAGUGGUCGGACGCGUACCAGGAGGCUCGAUUCUUCACCAGUCUCGCCAAGACGAUUAGCCACGGUGUGGAGCAGUACUGCCGCUCAGUCGAAGAACUUUUCAUGACCGAAAUGUUCCCCCGACCGACGGACUACCUCCAACCGCAAAAAUCGUCCGCCUGGCUCGAAAAGGCGAAGCAGCUCGCACAAGGCGAGAAGAAAGUGGAACCGUUCAACUUCCGCGCUCAGUCCUGCGUCAAGCUGAACAACAUCGAGGCCGCGCGGAAGCUGCUCGAUAACAUGUACAACCAGAUGCAGGCGGACAAGCUCGCGGAGGUGAUUGAGGACCAUGGGCCGCCCGUGCCGGACAAGAACGAGCGGCAGAGGUUUUUGUUCACGGUGAAGAUCGUGAUUGCGGAGGGUUUGGUCGCGACGGAUGCGAGUCCGUCGAGCAAUUUGGAUACGUUUGUGACGUUGAGUGAUGAGGCGGGGAAUAGGGUGGCGAAGACGAGGACGAUAUAUGAGACGAAUAAUCCGAGAUGGGACGAGACGGUUGAUGUUUCGGUAGACAAACCGCUUUGGUUGAUGGCGAGCGUGAGGGACCGGGCGUUGAUUGGGAAGCACGAUACUGUCGGACGGGCAUAUAUCUGCCUCGAUCCACGGCGGUUUGGCGAUCUGAUGGUGCACGACCUUUGGCUGGACCUCGACUCGAACGGCCGGAUAUUGCUCCGGAUUAGUAUGGAGGGCGAGAAGGACGACAUUCAGUUCUACUUUGGUCGCGCUUUCCGGUCUUUGAAGCGUGGCGAAGGAGAGAUGGUCAGAAUUUUCAUUGAUAAGAUGUCACCACUGAUUCAGCAAUCACUGUCAAGAAAUGUCCUCAAGACACUGGUCAGGACAGGUACUUCUGGCCUCGAUUACAACAAGGCCCUGGGCAACGUCACUGCACUCUACCGUUCCGCCCUUGGAGCCGACCGCGCCGAAUCUCUCAUUCCUUUGCCCACUUCUGAACAACCUCGAGUCAGGCCAAACGAGCUCACCGACGUCGAGAUCGAACAGGCCAUCGUCCCUCUGUUCGAUUAUUUCGAUGCGAACCUCAAUACGCUGAACACGUACUUGAGCGAUACGACGAAGCAGAUGGUGAUGACGAGGUUGUGGAAGGAGAUUUUGAAUGUGAUCGAGGGGUUGCUGAUCCCGCCGCUGUCGGAGGCAGCGAGUGAUAUGAAGCCUUUGAGUGACAAGGAGGUUGAUAUCGUGUUCAAAUGGUUGAAGUUCCUUCGGGAUUACUUCUAUGCUGGUGGCGAGGGUCCCAUUCCUCUCGAGACGUUGCAGAACCAGAAGUACCGCGACGUCAUGUCUAUCCGGUUGUACUACGAUUGGCACACCGAUGCAUUGAUGGAGGAAUGUGUACGGAUGAUGCAGCAGACGCUCCGUGCUGCACCGUCGGUCAAGAAGCGGGCGAAGAGCGUGUAUUCGCAACGCAACCUAGGGACAAUCAAGGACCGCAAACGGGAGAAGAAGCAGCAGGAGAAGGAGGUCGACAAUGGCGAGAUUAUCAUGAGGAUUCUUCGGAUGCGACCUGGAGCGUCCGACUUCAUUGCUCAACAGAUUCAGAUCAUGUCGACGAUGCAAGCUGAGCAGGAGCAGCGUGAACGCGAGAAGAAGAACCGCAAGCUCUCGAGGCCUGGUGGCGCGUCACAAAUUCCGGCUGUGCCCCCUGUGCCAGAGAUCCCUGCUCCAUAG